UGACUAGCUGCAGCUUUGGCUGUAGUGUUACUUAUAUGUGUAAUAGAGAGAAUUUUUAAAUCGUUUGUCACAUUUUAAAAGUUCCUAAAAUGAACAAAUACAAUUUUAAAACAGCAACAUUUGAUUCUAGGUGGAUUUUAGUGCUGGAGUAGUCUGAUAAGUUAGUAAACAGCGCAGCUUGAUCGAUUAACUUGUCUAGUUGCGAUCGGUUAUCUGCAGAGCGUGACUGCUCUGUAGUCAACAACAGUACAGAAUGAACGAGGAAGUCCAGAACAUUGUGCAUGAACUCAAUAUGGAGAGAGAUACUGGUACAGUCGCUUUAAUCAAAGCUCUCGGGUAUGAGAGCAGAGAGUGCUUGAAGAACUGUAAAUGUGACGAAUUACCUUGUCCGCUGCUCACCUGGCUGGUCUCAGAGAUAACAGACAGUUGCACUGAUGUUCCAGUACGGACCACUGGGGGUGCAAUUUUGGUCAGGGAGUUGCGCGAGGUGCUGAAAGAGAUGUCUUGUCCUCAAAAUGCACUUGUAUCAGAGCAUCUUAGCCCACUUCUGCUGUUUAGAGUGACCGAGUAUUUGGUGUCAGAGUUGAUGGCAGCGCGAAUGCUGACCUACAGAGAAAGUCAUCCAGAAGAUGCAGAACAAAACUCUGAGUCAGAAGGCAAAGAGCAAAGGAAACAGGAGACUGUUAUUGGGGGUGGUGAAGAGGAGCAUCAGGAAAUCGGUCAAGCAGAAGAGGAUAAAACGAAUUGGAGAGAAGCAAAAAAGGAUCUGGCAGAACUUUUUAAAGUUCUUGAUUUAGAAACAUCCUGUCAGAUGAGUGAUGCCUGUGCUGAGGUAGAGUCACGGCUGACAUCACUUCCUGAAGGUGAAAUGCCAGAAGCGUUAUUGAAGACCAGUCUGAACUCUGAGCAAGCGAAAAAGGUUCAUGAGAUCAACAGAGCUCUCUGUAGUGAUUACGAAUGUCGACGCCAGAUGUUGAUCAAGCGUUUUCAUGUCACGCUACAGUCCUUUGCUUGGGGAGAGAGGGAAAAGGAACGCAGUGCUGUGAUUUCAUCAAUGCCAGCUUUUUCACCAUCUCUAAAGUCCUCCGUCUCCAUUGCUAAGCUGUUAGCGGCCAGAGAGGACGAGUCUCGUAUUAAGCCUGUUAAAGCAGGGCCUUCUACGGCUGUUCACAAGGUUUUAAUGGGCAGUGUGCCAGACAGAGGAGGCCGUCCAGGAGAGAUUGAGCCCCCGAUGCCCAGUUUUACCGGCCGCAGGGAGGGAGGAGGAAGUCAUCAGCAGCAAAGAAAGAGAAGAAGAGAAUAUUCAGGGAAAAAGAAGAAGAACAAAGAUAAUUAAUUUGGUUAUGAUAAAGGAUAUAUAAAAUAAUUGAUAAAGUGUAAUAUAAAUGAUCGUGCAAUAUGUUAACACAUUUAAAACAAAUUAAUUUUAGUUUAAUGGUUCUAAUUAUGAGAUACAUUAUUUAAUUUGAUGAAAAAAAGAAUUAUUCAUUUCAAUGAAAUGUAUAAAUAUGAAGCGCUACAAGCUGUAUUUUCU